UCAUUCAUUAUUAAAAUGGUAAUGUUCUUCCAGCUGGUUUUCCUCGUGGUCUGCGUGGCUCUGGCCGCUGCUGCACCCCAGCUCAUUGCCACACUCCCCUACACUGCCGCCAUUGCUCCUGCCACUGGGACUUUGGUAGCCGGCCCUACCGUAGUUAACGGCAUCGGAGCCCGCUGGAUCGCACCCGGUUAUGUCGGCCCAGCCUUCAUCUAAACAUCUCUAACCAGCUGAUUCAACUUGCACUUUGUUCAUUGGCUGCCAUUCCGUCUUCUCGUAUCUGUAAAUAAUUAAUUAAUUAUCUGUAACAAAUAAAUGGAUAUUAAUUUUACGUAAA